AUGGCGACUUUCAUGGGCUACGUGGCUGUGUGGAUGAACAUCCCCACCUAUGGCUCCAUCGAGCAUGCGGUCUUGGGAACACUGCGCGGCACGGCCAAAGCGCUGCAGUUGUCCUUGUCCGACCCGGGGAACAUCUGCGUGGACUCACUGGACAAGACGAAGAAGGGGAAGACCAGGAGGACCGCUCGAGGCCGAUGUCAGCUUUUCGCAAUUAUGAAUUUAAUCAUGUCUUCCCACCAGUGGGCAGGCCAGCGCAAGCCCAACUUGCCGCACGAGCUCCUGGAACCGGACUGGCGUGUACUCAAGCUCACGGUCACCGACUCCAGUCUGCUUCUUCGUGCUCUGGCCCGCGGAGAAGUCGAGGCCAAGGGCGAGACUUUCGUGAUGAAAUCGUUCUCGCCUCUGGCCCCAGUGUUCUUUCAGCCAGUUGUGAAGCCGACGGAGGUGGGCUUCGCGCAGACGACUGUCACAGGCCACAUCUGCAAAGUCACCGCGAACUUGGGGUCUCCUGUGAAGAUGCAGGGCAUGGACCAGGACGUGGGCGGCGUCGUGACCUUCUUCGCCCCCGUGAAUGACGAUGUCCGUAAUCUCUUCAUGGACAAGGAUGCGCCGCUGCAUACAUCCUUGACCCCUCCAUGCCACCAACAAUUUCGGAGCCUCGUUGUCGGGAACUUGGAGGCCCAGGGCUAUGAGGUACCGGUGUCGCAGGCCAACUUAGUGGACUAUAUCCUGUUCAUGGAGGACAAGGACGCAGCCUCGAUCAUAGGACGGACAAUGGGCAUGAGCUGGACACUUGCAGUGUCUGUACCGUUGGUGGCUAUGAAGACCACGGACGGCAACAUGUGCCAUGCGCCUCAUGCUGGCUGCUUUCAGAAACUGUGGCUGAUGCAGGGCAAGUUUGCGGAGAGCCUCUGCCUUGAGAAGAAGGUGAAGGUUUCCUUGUACAAGACAACUCUGGACUUCGACAUGCAGGAUGGCGAGAUGGACCUGGCCCAGCUGCGAGAGUCGAAACUCCGUGCUCGCCAGCAGGACCGUGUGCGGAGGCUGGAUGCGAAGAUCGUGGCUAUGCAGGAAGAGGUCCAGCGCUUGAAGAAGAGGAAGGCCCUUUAUUCAGAUCGUGCCAGCGCAACAUCCGACGAGGAUGAAGAGGACAAUGACUCAGCAUCCAUGACGUAA